UCGUGUAGAUUCUUUUACGUGAAGAGGCGCAUUCAUGGCGCCUUUUUGCGCCUGGCUUGGCCGGUCACCAGCCAAGUGAAGAGGAGCUUCCCAUAUAACCAACCGACCCCUUUAAUUUCUUUGAUUCUGCAUCUCUAUCUUCGUCUUCGGUCGGCAUGGCAGAUUCAAAUAUGGAUCCCUCGGACUACAGCAGCACCGAUAUCGAUCCCGAGAACACCCCGCAAACCAUGUCCUUCUCCUAUCCUUCCUCUCCCCGGCCAGCCGCCACGCUGCCUGGCGGCACCGUCCUUCCCAUUUCCACAACCGGCCAAAAGCGGCGCCGCAGCAUAAUCGCCAAGGGAAUGCAAAAAACCCUCUCAAAAACAUCCAUGCUGGUAAACUUCCUCCCCACCGGCACUCUCCUGACAUUCGAGAUGCUCCUCCCAUCGGCCUCCGGCGAUGGCACUUGCACCCCGGUAAGCACUACAAUGAUCUACAUCCUUCUCGGCAUCUGCGCUCUGUCUUGCUUUCUCUUCCACUUCACCGACAGCUUCCGCGCGCCGGACGGGAAAGUGUACUACGGAUUCGUGACGCCUAGGGGAUUGGCUCUUUUCAAGUCCGUAGGCGCCGAUGUGGAGGUGCAAGUCCCGUGCGACGAGCGUUACAUGAUGGGUUUUGUGGAUCUGAUCCAUGCUGCCAUGUCUGUUCUGGUAUUCGCCGCCAUUGGCCUGUCUGAUCACAGGGUUACAAAUUGCCUAUUUCCUGGACACAAGAAGGAGAUGGAUGAGUUCAUGGAUAGCUUUCCGUUGAUGGUUGGGGCUGUUUGUAGCAGUCUCUUCCUUGUCUUUCCCAACACUCGCUAUGGAAUCGGAUGCAUGCCCUCUUAAACUCUUUAUUUUUAGUAUAUUUCAUCUUCAUCUUUGUAAUCGCCAGACAAUUAGGAAUUAACAACUGUACGUGUUUGGAUUAUUAUUUUCUUUGCUCAUUUUAGAUUAAUCGUAUCCUUCCGACGAAGACAGUAAUGUAUAGAUGUGUUUAUAUAAUGAA